AUGGAUGACCUUGUUAAUCUAUGUGUGGGUGCCGGUGACGAUGACAAUAAUUGCAGGUACACCACUCGGCGGUCGACUCUGACUCGCUACCCGGACUCCAUGCUGGCUGCCAUGUUCACCAGUGAACUCGACCCGUCUGUGAUUGACGACAACGGGGCCUAUGUCAUGGACAGGGACGGGCCCAUCUUCCGUCACGUACUGAACUUCCUCAGACAGGGCAAGCUGAUUCUCCCGGAGGACUUCAAGAAGUGGGAGCUGCUUGCCUCAGAGGCCGAUUACUAUCAAAUCGAGGCUUUGGUGGAGGCAGUGAAGGCGGAAAAGUAUCGGAGAGUCCUACCAGAGGAGGAAGUGAAAAAGUUUGAAUUUAUCGAGCUAACUGCGUGUGUGAACGUGAAAUACACAUACACUGGAACCAUUCCCCUCAAGGAUCUUUUUCCUCUGAAGUAUUUUUUCGAAGCACAUUCCUGUGGUUGGUUUAAUAACGGUGUGUGCACCUACACACUAAACCUUCCAUGUCCACGCCAUGAUUUCGAGUGCAAUGUUCACCAAGAUUUUGAAAGUUGCAAGGUAGACAUUCUUGGGCGUGGAUACAGGCUAAAAGCACGAUCCUACACGUUAAAUCAUGCCGGGGUCCAGAAAUUGAAAUGGACUUUUGAUCGGCCCGUCAUCGAUAUGUCUGAGUUGUUGUCUGUUCUCGAAAAUUUGUAA